AAGGACACGUUGCGAGUGCAGGAGCGUGGGCAUAAAGUCGUUGACAGCGGAACACAAGCUAUCACUUCUUCUCCCUCUGAGUUUUCUUCCGCAACAUUCCAACCUCUAAAUUCAAUCUGCAACAAAACGCUGCGUUUUGCUACUAAUCCGAAUUCCUCGCCGGAGCCACAACAGCCACACUUUCCGGCGAGACAUGGCCAUCGCCGCCCGCCAGAAACCUAACUCCGACGCGCGCCUCUUCACGCUCUGUCCCUUCUGGAGCUCCAACCACUCCGUUCAGAGGUCCUCCAAAACGGUGUCGUCCGUCGCGAGGUCGCUGCUCCCUCCGCGCCGGAAGCUCCGUCUCGAUCCUUCCAAUUACCUCUACUUUCCAUAUGAACCGGGGAAGCAGGUGCGGAGCGCGGUUCGGUUGAAGAACACUAGCAAGUCUCACGUUGCUUUCAAGUUUCAAACGACGGCGCCAAAGAGUUGUUACAUGCGGCCUCCGGGUGGGAUUCUUGCUCCUGGGGAAAGUUUGAUUGCCACGGUGUUUAAGUUCGUGGAGCAACCUGAAAACAAUGAAAAAAUGUCGGAUCAGAAGAACAAGGUCAAGUUCAAAAUCAUGAGUCUCAAGGUGAAGGAAGGAGUGGACUAUGUACCUGAGCUGUUUGAAGAACAAAAGGAUCUAGUGACAGUGGAACGAAUAUGGAGGGUUGUGUUUAUAGAUCCAGAACGGCAGAGUCCUGCUUUGGAAAAACUGAAAAGACAGUUGGCUGAAGCUGAUGCCGCAGUUGAAGCUCGGAAGAAGCCUCCUGCGGAGGCAGGUCAUCGAGUUGUGGCCGAAGGUCGAGUUGUUGCUGAAGGCCUUGUAAUCGAUGAAUGGAAAGAGAGAAGGGAGAAGUAUCUGGCCCGGCAACAAGUUCAAGCGGUAGAUUCUGUGUAAAACGCAAUUUGUUCUUCCAGCUAAUUCUUUUCUUCAGGGAAACAUAAUCAGGAUACCAUUGCUAUGCCACGGUUGCCAUCAACCUUGGAUGUGCUUCAAAAGAGGUGUUGGGGGAAUUGGUUGGUACCUAAUUGGUAGAUUUAGUUUGAGAACGCAAUCUGAUGGAAAGAUUUGUUCGUUGUAUGAUUGUCAAAAUUCUUGUUCUUUGGAGGAAUAGUCCGACUUGUACAUAGUAGAGUUUGCUCGUUUGUAAAAUAAAUGCAAUUCUUCACUGCCAUCUGCUUGUGAAAUAACAGAUUUAUUCAUGAUAAAAUCAUAAAUUUUUGUGCA